AACACAGGCAUACCACUAUAACGGAUUGAUCCAAGACAACAGAUAAAACCGUGUGUUUGAAUGCCUAUCAUUGUCUGUGAUUCUGUAGGUCAAGUUAGUUCCGCUGCAGAUAGUCUAGAUGUGAAUUGAAUAAGACGUGUGCUUUGCAUGACUGUUCGCAAAUACGAGCAAGCAUUACAUCUUACGAGUUAAUUCCUGAUUUAUCGGCAUCUACAAGUUCAUUAAAAAGAGAUGAGUAGCGAAAAGGUACGUGGAGUCGUCACCGACAUCACACGCUUAGACAUCACCAACGAUGAGGUUAUGGACAAGUAUAAAGUAUGGGCCCAGAGUUACGAUGAGGAUUUGAGUUUCAUAGAAUAUAAUCCCCCUAAAAUUGGUGCCAGCGAGUUAUCGAAGUUAUUAGGGGACAAUAAGAACGCUUUAAUUCUGGACGCUGCGGCGGGGACCGGGUUAGUAGCAAUUGAGCUGAAGAAAAAUGGUUUUCAAAACAUCGAUGCACUGGACGCCAGCGCGGAAAUGCUGGAAAAGGCGAAGGAGAAGAAACUGUAUAAUAACGUUAUCUGUGACUUUAUGGGCCCAAAUCGGUUGGAUAUAAAAGAUGAUACUUAUGACGGAGUUGUGACUGUAGGUAGCUUUUGUCCAGGUCACGUGAACGGAAGCUGUCUGGCUGAGCUAAUUCGGAUCGUGAAGCCAGGUGGCUACAUAGUUAUCGCCCUCAAAAAAGUUUUCCUGCCAGUUCUGGGUUACAACGGUCAAGGGCUUCACGAGAUUAUGGACGAGCAUACCAAAGCCGGCCGAUGGGACGUACUGGCCAACCAUCCCAUACCUAGGUAUCACGAAAUGGAAGAGGGAAUGUUGUACAUAUUUCGUAUCAAAGUACAGGGGUUUUAAUAUCGGUCGUGUCUCCAGGGCCUAUUCCGUGUCUUUAUGGGAGCAAUGACAUGCAACUUAUAAAAAAUCACCUGAACACAUGAGGUAUGGGAAUCUGUAUUCAUAUCAAGUACAAUAGCACAUUCGAAUUCCUUAGAUACUGGCCUGUAAGCAAAAAACUUUAAAAAUGAAAAAGAGCACAGGCGUAGAUCUGGCAAUAAACUGAAUUGACUAAUGUCUACGUUUGAAAAUACCUUUUAUAUUACAUGUUAAAACUUGUGGUGGACAUUACGAGUAUCAAAAUAUGGUUUAGUGUAUUUAAAUACGUGACGAUAUUUUUUAUUCGUAUUUCGUACAAGUUGCAAAAUGUCCUUCAAUUUGUAAAGGCAAAAUCUUAGACAGCCCUGAAUGGUUCCAUUUCGAUAGAGGGAAAUAAAACGUAUCAUCAUGUGUAAUGUAGGAUGUCAUUUCCAUAAGAUGUAAAAUGUGUCGUAAAUUUUCUUCUAGAAAGCAAUUUGCUCCGUUUACUGCAUCAAUUUGAUAAAAACGAAAUACAU